CUGCCUAGUUAUGCCGCAUAACGUAAAGAGAAUAUAAAGACAGUUAUUUUAUUGUUUUGACUGGUUUUAUCAAAACUUCUAUGUCUGCACCAAUAUCUAAUUAAAGCUGUGCUUUUUAUGAAUUAUUUUAUAUCGAUUCAGUUUUAUUUUAAUGCUGAACUAUUGGACAUAAGUUUUGGUGUAACUAUCAAUAUGUAAAAUUAGAGACUUAUUAUAAUGUCUACUCCUUGGAAGGAUAUUGCACCCGCUUGUUCAAACCUACCUCUUCAUUGUAAAUUCAUUGCUAAUAAUGGUACCAAACAAUAAGCUUAAGCAUUUGUCGAGGUUACCUCGUGGCUUUAUUUAGGACUUAUGCAUAUUAUAAAACUAUACCACAUAAGUGUCAUUUUAAUCUUGAGACUCGCCUUUCAGGUGAAUUCUAGCAUAGAUUUGUGGCAUUACCAUAAAAAUAAUCUUAAGAAAUUCAUGUGUAUGUUGUAUUUUAGUUAGUUAUAGGUAGGUUGUCGAUGUGAUUUGUCUCUCAAAUUUUACAUUUGUGUUAUAUUGUAAAUGAGAAUUAGCAUUCCUCAUGUCAAUACGGAUUUUACAUGUUCAAUAAAGUAAUUUCUUA